CGGAGAGACAACAAACACCAGCGACCGAGCACCAUGAGGGGACCGAGCUUGUGGACAUUUCGGAGAUGGAGAGGACUCCAUCCGGCGCCGGUAUCCGCCACCGCUCGCCGUCCGAGCUGCACACCGACGACUUCUACGUCGGCGGCUCUGGCGGGGGUUCGGGGGAUCUCAGUGCCCCGAGACAGAGGGGUGCCUCGUUGUCGGACGUGCUCCUCGACGAUUCUGAUGUGCGGGGCCAUGUAGAGAUCGAGGAGGAGCAGGAUGCCCGAGUGGACAGAGAGGAGGAGUGGCUGUGGACUUUGCCGGGAUGGGAUGGUCGUUUCGCGUAUAUGGAGGAACAGCGCCGACGGAGGGAGUUGGAGACAGAGGGGGGUGGGGGCGGUGACGGAGGCGACGUGGGUUUUGGUGGGGAGGCUGAUGCGGGGGCGGCCCGACAGGGUGUGCCCACGGGUGUUGAGGGAAAUGGUGUCCCCUCGGGUGUUGAGGGAGAUGGUGGCGGCGAGGACGAGGAGGGAGAUGGUGGCAGCGAGGACGAGGACGAGGACGACGACGAGGAGGGGUCCGACCACGGAGACGACCACGGUGACGACGGCGGCGACCGGGACGAUGGCGACUACGACGGCGACCACGGCGAUAAGGGUAGGCUGGCUUUGGUCUUGAGGGACCCGUCAGUGCCUGCACUACCUCUCACACGGCCGGAGGCCUUCGCUCAGGCUGGUUUUGAUGCCGAGGAUUUGGCGCGACUCGGUUCACAUGACCCUUUCCCCCACACGGGCCGCAAGAGCGACGAGAGGCGCCCUCUUGGAGGGGCGUAUUCACCUCCGCCGUACAUCGUGGAUAGCCCUAGAUGGUCGGGUUCUUCGCUCAGCGGCAGUAGAGGGAGGGAGUCCGGGCCGGUUGAUGGCAGGUCGGGCCGCCGAACUCAUCGCCGGGUCUCGGACCGGAUGAGGGCGGAUUACGAUGCCGGGAGGGGCGCCUUCGCAGGACGUUUGUCACCUCGGUUUCAGGUUGCGGCUAGCAGCGAGGGUGGCUCCGGACGUCCGAGUGUUCACAUGGCAGGCCGCAUGCUCGGUUUGUCUCGAUCAGCGACGAGGAGAGUUUUGAUGCCACUGCCGAUAGUCUGGUACGAUGCAAAGAUGACCAAGUUGGCAGCACGCCAACAGGAAGAGGAGAAGUUGCAACGUGAACGAGAAGCUGAGGAGCGACGGCUGAAGGAAAAAAGAGAACGAGAAGAAUUUCACAAGGAGUUGAGCGAUACAUGGAAUGCAAAGUUUGAAUCGGCCUGUGGUGUGCUUUGUGGGAACAAGAAUGCAGUUGUGAAUGACCAGGAGUUGGAGAAGCUGAAAAAGCAGAUUGAGAUGUUGCAGUUAGGGCAGAAGCAAAUGGCGGGCAACUUGGAAGCAUCGACGAGCAAAGCGACUGCGACGAAUGAUGCCCUCCUAGCACGAGUAUUGCAGGAACAUGAGAACAUGAAGGCCCAGCUGGAUGCUGCGGCUGGUGCAUGCAAACAUGUUGAACUGCUGGAGAGUGAGGUCCGCAUGUUAAAACAAUCAUGCGAUGUGGCGAUUGAGGAAGCGGAGGCUUGGAAAAAAAAGGCCUUGAGGUUCGGGAAUAAACGCAGUAGAACUGGGCUUCACCUUCAUCGACCUUGAAGAUGCCAUCAAUGACAACGCCACAUAAGUCACCUGUGAG